AAUUCAGACAGUUGCUAGCAUUCUACUGGCACGAUGCAUUUCCGUUUUAGCUUGGUAGUUAGCUGUGUUUGCCCCUUGGUAGCCGCUUUCAGGAGUGGUUCCUACUCGAGAGAAGUUUCCGAAGUAAAAUUGUUCUUCUAUGCACCUAAUUUAUCUGGAGAGAUUGAUAUCUCAGCUAGCAAUAGCACACUGUGGCGGUUCGAGCCAGGAAAACUGCUCAAGGUUCUUAUCCACGGUUGGAAUGCCGAUCGAAACCAAGUGGCUACGGUUCCGGUGAGGAAUGCUUACCUUGUUCAAGACAAACAUAACUUGCUGGUGGCGGAUUGGGCAAACGCUUCCUCCCUGCCAUACCACGAUGCUCGGAGGUUAGUGCGCUCGGUAGGCUACAGGAUUGGGGAAAUUUUGGCAGUGUUUAUCCGAGAAAAUGGUAUCCAGUAUGACCAGGUGCACAUUGUUGGGCACAGUCUAGGUGCUCACAUUGCCGGUAACGUGGGUAAAUAUUUUGGAGGCAAAUUGGCAAGAGUUACCGCUUUGGAUCCAGCUGGUCCCUUAUUCGCACCGCGUUCGGUAGAUGCUGUAAGCAGCUCGGAUGCUCGCUUUGUAGAUGCUAUCCACACCGACGGGUUGGUCUUGGGAGAAGUCACGGCCCGAGCGCACGUUGACUUCUAUCCAAAUCAAGGUGUGCCCAACCAACCGGGAUGUGAACUUUUAGACACUUUAACUUUGCAUGCUUGCAGCCACUAUCGGUCGACAGCGUUUUUUGCCGAAUCGAUUCUGCUUCCGUUAAACUUUGUAGCUUACCACUGUGAGUUUAAGGAAAUUUUUAAUUCUCCUUCGGAGAACUGCAGAGGAAAUGCAAAAUCGAUAUUCAUGGGUGAGCAUGUCAAUCAUAGCGCGCGUGGAACCUAUUACCUGGAAACGUCUAAUUUGCCGCCUUACGGACUAGGCAACCGAACUGGUGGGUUGAACCGAAGCGACUAAUUUUGUUUCAGCGAGAAAUUCUAAUCAAAGAGAGAGCGAAUACUGACAAAUUGAUUGAAGUGUUUAAAUGUGUAACUAUUUUGAUGUGAUCUAGCAUUAUUUUCAUUGUAGUAUUUAAGUAAAUGUAAUAAAUAUACGAGGUGUUAGUGAUAGAAUGCUCAGAUGCAGACAAACUCAAUACUAAAUUUAAAUCAGUUAAAACUUUGAACAACUAAAAACUUUGAACUUUUUAGUAUAAAAAUAUAGUAGUUGGGCAAAUCCAUAAAAAAUGUCCCAAUUUUAAUGAUUUCUAAAUCACACCAAAUGACCUAAAAACUUGAAAAAUUGAUCGACCAUUUUCUAUUUAAAUGAAACCUGGCACACAUAUUUGGCUUAGCAAACUGAGCAUCUCGACAGUAAUUUUGCAUUUUGGUAUAGGUUUUAUUGGCAUUAUUGGCAAGGCAUUGUAGUACAGAAAUCGUUGGUUGUAUAGAAAACUGUCUGGAAUUGUGUUGUAGGGAAUUAAUAAUGCCCUGUGAAGAAAAUAUACACCGUUAACAAAUAUUUUUUUGGCUAUAAAAUGAAAAUAAA